AGGGGCCCGGGCCAGUCGUCGGAGCAGACGGGAGUUUCUCCUCGGGGUCGGAGCAGGAGGCACGCAGAGUGUGAGGCCACGCAUGAGCGGACGCUAACCCCCACCCCAGCCGCAAAGAGUCUACAUGUCUAGGGUCUAGACAUGUUCAGCUUUGUGGACCUCCGGCUCCUGCUCCUCUUAGCGGCCACCGCCCUCCUGACGCACGGCCAAGAGGAGGGCCAAGAAGAAGACAUCCCACCAGUCACCUGCGUACAGAACGGCCUCAGGUACUACGACCGAGACGUAUGGAAACCCGAGGCCUGCCGGAUCUGUGUCUGCGACAACGGCAACGUGUUGUGCGAUGACGUGAUCUGCGACGAAACCAAGAACUGCCCCGGCGCCCAAGUCCCCCCGGGCGAGUGCUGCCCCGUCUGCCCCGAUGGCGAGGCGUCACCUACCGACCAAGAAACCGCAGGAGUCGAGGGACCCAAGGGAGACACUGGCCCCCGAGGUCCAAGGGGACCUGCCGGCCCCCCUGGCCGAGAUGGCAUCCCCGGACAGCCUGGACUUCCCGGACCCCCCGGACCUCCCGGACCCCCCGGGCCCCCUGGCCUCGGAGGAAACUUUGCUCCCCAGAUGUCUUAUGGCUAUGAUGAGAAAUCAACUGGAGGAAUCUCCGUGCCUGGCCCCAUGGGUCCUUCUGGUCCCCGUGGUCUCCCUGGCCCCCCUGGCGCACCUGGUCCCCAAGGUUUCCAAGGCCCCCCUGGUGAGCCUGGCGAGCCUGGAGCCUCAGGUCCCAUGGGUCCCCGCGGUCCCCCUGGUCCCCCUGGCAAGAACGGAGAUGAUGGUGAAGCUGGAAAGCCUGGUCGACCUGGUGAGCGUGGCCCUCCUGGACCUCAGGGUGCUCGGGGAUUGCCUGGAACAGCUGGCCUUCCUGGAAUGAAGGGACACAGAGGUUUCAGUGGUUUAGAUGGUGCCAAGGGAGAUGCUGGUCCUGCUGGUCCCAAGGGCGAGCCUGGUAGUCCUGGUGAAAAUGGAGCUCCUGGUCAGAUGGGCCCCCGUGGUCUGCCUGGUGAGAGAGGCCGCCCCGGAGCCCCCGGCCCUGCUGGUGCUCGUGGAAAUGAUGGUGCUACUGGGGCUGCUGGACCCCCCGGUCCCACCGGCCCCGCUGGUCCUCCUGGCUUCCCUGGUGCUGUUGGUGCUAAGGGUGAAGCUGGUCCCCAAGGAGCCCGAGGCUCUGAGGGUCCCCAGGGUGUGCGUGGUGAGCCCGGCCCCCCUGGGCCUGCUGGUGCUGCUGGUCCUGCUGGAAACCCUGGUGCUGACGGACAGCCUGGUGCUAAAGGUGCUAACGGCGCUCCUGGCAUUGCUGGUGCUCCCGGCUUCCCCGGCGCCCGAGGGCCCUCUGGACCCCAGGGCCCCAGCGGUCCUCCUGGUCCCAAGGGUAACAGCGGUGAACCUGGUGCUCCCGGCAACAAAGGAGACACUGGCGCCAAGGGAGAGCCCGGACCCACUGGUAUUCAAGGACCCCCUGGCCCCGCUGGGGAAGAAGGAAAGCGAGGAGCCCGAGGUGAACCCGGACCCACUGGCCUGCCUGGACCCCCUGGCGAGCGUGGUGGACCUGGUAGCCGCGGUUUCCCCGGUGCAGAUGGUGUUGCUGGUCCCAAGGGUCCUGCUGGUGAACGUGGUUCCCCCGGCCCCGCUGGCCCCAAAGGUUCUCCUGGUGAAGCUGGUCGCCCUGGUGAAGCUGGUCUGCCCGGUGCCAAGGGUCUGACUGGAAGUCCUGGCAGCCCCGGUCCCGACGGCAAAACCGGCCCCCCUGGUCCUGCUGGUCAAGAUGGUCGCCCCGGACCCCCAGGCCCCCCUGGUGCCCGUGGUCAGGCUGGCGUGAUGGGCUUCCCUGGGCCUAAAGGUGCUGCUGGAGAGCCCGGCAAGGCUGGAGAGCGAGGCGUGCCUGGUCCCCCCGGUGCUGUUGGUCCUGCUGGCAAAGAUGGAGAAGCUGGAGCUCAGGGAGCCCCUGGCCCUGCCGGCCCCGCUGGCGAGAGAGGUGAACAAGGUCCCGCUGGCUCCCCCGGAUUCCAGGGUCUCCCUGGCCCCGCUGGUCCUCCUGGUGAAGCUGGCAAACCCGGCGAACAGGGUGUUCCUGGCGACCUUGGUGCCCCCGGCCCCUCUGGAGCAAGAGGCGAGAGAGGUUUCCCCGGUGAACGCGGAGUGCAAGGACCCCCCGGCCCCGCAGGUCCCCGGGGAGCCAAUGGUGCCCCUGGCAAUGACGGUGCUAAGGGUGAUGCUGGUGCCCCUGGAGCCCCAGGUAGCCAGGGCGCUCCUGGCCUUCAGGGAAUGCCUGGUGAACGAGGUGCAGCUGGUCUUCCUGGUCCUAAGGGUGACAGAGGUGAUGCUGGUCCCAAAGGUGCUGACGGUUCUCCCGGCAAAGAUGGUGUCCGUGGUCUGACUGGCCCCAUUGGUCCUCCUGGCCCCGCUGGUGCUCCUGGCGACAAGGGUGAAGCAGGUCCUAGCGGCCCUGCUGGUCCCACUGGAGCUCGUGGCGCCCCCGGAGACCGCGGUGAGCCUGGUCCCCCUGGCCCUGCUGGCUUCGCUGGCCCCCCUGGUGCUGAUGGCCAACCCGGUGCUAAAGGCGAACCCGGUGAUGCUGGUGCUAAAGGCGACGCAGGUCCCCCAGGCCCCGCUGGCCCCACUGGCCCCCCCGGCCCCAUUGGUAACGUUGGUGCUCCUGGACCCAAAGGUGCUCGCGGCAGUGCUGGUCCCCCUGGUGCUACCGGUUUCCCUGGUGCUGCUGGCCGAGUCGGUCCCCCCGGCCCCUCUGGAAAUGCUGGACCCCCUGGCCCUCCCGGCCCCGCUGGCAAAGAAGGCGGCAAAGGUCCCCGUGGUGAGACUGGCCCCGCUGGACGUCCCGGUGAAGUCGGACCCCCCGGUCCCCCCGGCCCCGCUGGCGAGAAAGGAUCCCCUGGUGCCGACGGACCAGCUGGUGCUCCCGGCACUCCCGGACCUCAAGGCAUCGCUGGACAACGUGGUGUGGUCGGCCUGCCCGGUCAGCGAGGAGAGAGAGGCUUCCCUGGUCUCCCCGGACCCUCUGGUGAACCUGGCAAACAAGGUCCUUCUGGAGCCAGUGGUGAGCGUGGCCCCCCUGGUCCCAUGGGCCCCCCUGGAUUGGCUGGACCCCCUGGCGAGUCUGGACGCGAGGGAUCUCCUGGUGCUGAAGGCUCCCCUGGACGAGAUGGUUCUCCCGGCCCCAAGGGUGACCGUGGUGAGACCGGCCCUGCUGGACCCCCCGGUGCUCCCGGUGCUCCUGGUGCCCCCGGCCCCGUCGGCCCUGCUGGCAAGAGCGGCGACCGUGGUGAGACUGGUCCUGCUGGUCCUGCUGGUCCCAUCGGCCCUGUUGGAGCUCGUGGUCCCACUGGACCCCAAGGUCCCCGUGGUGACAAGGGUGAGACAGGCGAACAGGGUGACAGAGGCAUAAAGGGUCACCGUGGCUUCUCUGGUCUCCAGGGUCCUCCUGGUCCUCCCGGCUCUCCUGGUGAACAAGGUCCUUCUGGAGCUUCUGGUCCUGCUGGUCCCCGAGGUCCCCCUGGCUCUGCCGGCUCUCCUGGCAAAGACGGACUCAACGGUCUCCCAGGCCCCAUCGGCCCCCCUGGUCCUCGCGGUCGCACUGGUGAUGCUGGUCCUGUUGGUCCCCCCGGCCCUCCUGGACCUCCUGGUCCCCCUGGUCCUCCCAGCGGCGGUUUCGACUUCAGCUUCCUGCCCCAGCCACCUCAAGAGAAGGCUCACGAUGGCGGCCGCUACUACCGGGCCGAUGACGCCAAUGUGGUCCGGGACCGUGACCUCGAGGUGGACACCACCCUCAAGAGCCUGAGCCAGCAGAUCGAAAACAUCCGGAGCCCUGAAGGAAGCCGCAAGAACCCAGCCCGCACCUGCCGUGACCUCAAGAUGUGCCACUCUGACUGGAAGAGCGGAGAAUACUGGAUUGACCCCAACCAAGGAUGCAACCUCGAUGCCAUCAAGGUCUUCUGCAACAUGGAGACAGGUGAGACCUGCGUGUACCCCACUCAGCCCCAGGUGGCCCAGAAGAACUGGUACAUCAGCAAGAACCCCAAGGAAAAGAGGCACGUCUGGUACGGCGAGAGCAUGACCGACGGAUUCCAGUUCGAGUAUGGUGGCCAGGGCUCCGAUCCUGCCGAUGUGGCCAUCCAGCUGACGUUCCUGCGCCUGAUGUCCACCGAGGCUUCCCAGAACAUCACCUACCACUGCAAGAACAGCGUGGCCUACAUGGACCAGCAGACCGGCAACCUCAAGAAGGCCCUGCUCCUCCAGGGCUCCAACGAGAUCGAGAUCCGGGCCGAGGGCAACAGCCGCUUCACCUACAGCGUCACCUACGACGGUUGCACGAGUCACACCGGAGCCUGGGGCAAGACAGUGAUCGAAUACAAAACCACCAAGACCUCCCGCUUGCCCAUCAUCGAUGUGGCACCAUUGGACGUUGGCGCCCCAGACCAGGAAUUCGGCAUGGAUAUUGGCCCUGUCUGCUUCCUGUAAACUCGCUCCCACUCAACCUGGCUCCCUCCCACCCAACCCACUCACCCCUGACCCUGGAAACAGACAAACAACCCAAACUGAACCCCCCAAAAAGCCAAAAAACGGGAGACAAUUUCACAUGGACUUUGGAAAAUAUUUUUUUCCUUUGCAUUCAUCUCUCAAACUUAGUUUUUAUCUUUGACCAACUGAACAUGACCAAAAACCAAAAGCACAUUCAACCUUAACCAAAAAAAAAAAAAAA